GCAGAGGCAACGACAGCAGGGUUUCUCUCAUGUCAGUUGUUGAUUUCAGUCUGCCAGUUGCCAGUACUCCCAACAAUACCAUCCCGUUAGGCUUCUCAUUCGAACAUUCCAUUUGCUCGGCGAUAUCCAGCAUCAGACAUCCCUCAAUUUAUUUAACCCAACCAAGUAUAUCUACAACCCUACUAUUAUCACCAUCAACAUGGCCCCUCAGUUGAACGAGGAGGAGAUUGACGAUCUCAUCUAUUUCGCCCGCGCGGGUGAGAAGGAUGACUUGUCCACCACGCUCACUGAGCUUGCCGAGAGGGAGAAGGUUUCGGUCGCAGAGAUUCUUGCAAGCGCAAAGGAUGAGGGCAAGUCGACUUGCUUGCACAUGGCGGCGGGCAACGGCCAUUUGGACAUCGUCACCCUCAUCCUCUCAGAGUUCACCUCCCGGCCAAAGGAGGAGAAGCAGGCGUAUCUUGACGCCGCCAACGAGUACGGCAAUACUGGUCUUCACUGGGCCGCUCUCGGCGGCCAUCUCGACGUGAUCAAGCUGCUUAUGGCAGCUGGUGCGUCGCCGGCUCUGGCCAACGACAAGAACUACGUGCCCUUGGACCUGGCCAGCUUUGGCGAGAAGCACGACGUGGUGGAUUACUUCCUCGAGCAGGCAGGUGGUCUUGAGGACAAGAACACAGCGGAAGGCCUCAAGGCCGCUGCUGAGGGUUUGAAGGUGGAUGAUGACGGAAAUGUCGAGUUCAAGAUGUCUGUUGGCGACACUUCCGAGGCUUCGGGUUCCGGCUCGGCGCAAAAAUAGGAAAUACGAAGAAGGACGGUUGCUGGGGAGACUUGAGGGUUCAGGUGUUGGAUGAUACCACAUAAACACGAUUCAUGGCAUUUGUUUUUCUGUCUUGUUAGGUGCAUAAAAUUGACGGGUAUAAAACGGCAAAGGUAUUAUGGGCUUGGGAUGACGAACCCAAGCGUUGAGAUAUCUCAGUGCUUACCAUUUGAUAAGACAGAAUAGUAAGCG